GUGAUGUGGAGAGGAAGAUUAAUGGUAUGUUCAUGUACCUACCCGUGCGCGAUUUUUACGUAAAGAGUCACGCAGGGAUUGAUUGAAUCCCCUUCCAAUUUGGUAGGCUACAGCGCUAAUUUGAGCUUAAAAUGUAUCUUUCAUUUUGAAAUUAAAGUACUGUCUGUCGCAUGCUUUGGAAGAGGCAGAAGACCCGUGGGAACCCGUGCAACGCAAUCCGACAGCUUCGCCAUGAACAGCUCGAGCGGGAUCUAUUUCUUGCGCGAAAGAAUGCAAGUUUGAAAAGUGGCAGUCGAGGGAUGCAGGCGAGGAAAUAUCUGAAAGCGGUCGAAGAUAAGGUUGCUGAAUCCGCUAGAAACCUUAUUGACUCAGAAGAAGCCAGGCUAGAGCGGAAUCGGGAAGCAAGCGAGCCUUCCGGAAUUCAGGAAGAAACACAGGAAGCUGUAGAUCUCCUGGACAGAUUACAAUGUCAAUAUGAAGCAAUGAAAAUCACAGAUAUUGAGGCAGAGGCACGUCGUCGGGUUCUUCUAGGCCUCCCAUUCGAGUCACUCUCUGGCGGUUGGCGGAUGCGUUGCAUGCUUGCCGGAAAUUUGAUCCAGAAAGCGGAUAUUUUGAUUCUUGAUGAACCUACCAAUUUUCUCGAUUUGUUGGGAAUCGUCUGGCUGGAAAAUUAUCUCGCCCAUUUACGGACAGUAGAUGACGAUAGGACUGUGGUGCUGUCUCAUGAUCGAGAUUUCCUCAACAAUAUGUGCGAGGAAACCAUUGUCCUGAAAGAUCAGACCCUUUCAUACUUCAGGGGAAAUCUUUCGGCAUACGAGCAGGAUUUAGGAGCUCAGAAACUUUACUGGGGCCGUAUGAAAGAAGCGCAGGAUCGCCAAGUCGCGCACAUGGAAGCGACCAUUCGGGACAAUAUCAAACUAGGCAAGAAGACUGGCGUUGACAACAAACUUCGAAUGGCGAAAUCUCGCCAGAAGAAAGUGGAUGAAAGGAUGGGUGUGCAGGUGAGCGCCAAGGGGACAAGAUUUAAACUGAAUCGUGACCGCGUGGGGUUUCAUGAUUCCAUGAGAGAUGAAAUAGAUGUUCCACAUGAUGAAAAGGGGUCUCAUUGGAAUCUAUCCAUUUCCGUUACAAGCCCCGGGGUGACCUUAUCCUUAAUGGUUAUCGACCUGGUAAUCCACAUGGGAGACCGAGUUGGAAUCAUAGGCCUAAACGGGAGUGGGAAAACGACCCUACUCAAGGUCCUUGUGGGAUCAAUGCGACAGUCGCAGGGCACUGUGACUCGCCAUCCUAGAGCAACUAUCGGAUACUAUUCGCAACACUCGACGGAUGAACUCAAAGCAAUUGGUCGAACUGAACCGGUGCUAACUGCGCUUUCAUUAUUGUCCUGGGACGCUAACAGGAGCCUUGGGGAGGGUGAAGUGCGUGGAUUAUUGAGUUCACUAGGCCUGGCAGGAAGGACCGCAUCAGAUGUCCCUAUCACACAGCUAUCAGGAGGGCAGCUGGUUAGUAUGUUCCUUUCAUUUCAAGUUCCGAGCUCAGCCCUGGUGCCAAACCAGAUUAUUUCUCAUAAACCUUUGUUUAUACGGGUACGCCUAGCACUGGCCAGGAUACUCUGGAAUCUGCCACACCUAUUAGUCCUGGAUGAGAUCACCACGCAUCUUAAUUUCUACACUGUUAUCGCACUAGUGGAAGACCUUUCAUCUUUCAAUGGUGCUAUACUCAUCGUUUCCCACGGUCGAUACUUGAUCCGGGGCGUUGUUGAGGGGAAGCGAAACGCGGCGGGGCAAGAUAGAGAUGCGAAUAUGACUAUGAAGCCAGACGAUGACGAUUUGGGGCGGCACGAUGUGUACGUUUUAAGGCGAGGGAAGCUGCAUCGACAGGAUAAUGGCGUGGAACAGUUUGAGAAGAGUCUGCAGAAGCAGGUACAAAAGAUGCUCACAGAGAUGUCCUUGGAACUAGUUAUCUUCUCAAGGCUAUCAGAAGGUAAAGAUGAGGAGCAGGAGUCAGAAGAACAUUUUCAACAUUGGGUUGAGCAAGCACUCUCUUAUGUGCGCGGGUGGGAUUGGAAGAAGCCUCAGGAGCUGAGGUACCUGGAGAUUACUGAGAGCCUUAUUCGAGACUGCAGCCAGGUCACAACAAUAAAUAACAGACUGCAAAUGAUCAUGAUGAACGAUUUAAAAACUAAUGGGACAGGUAAGAAGCGUGAAGCCCAGCCCCAAUGUUCGCAGUUUAGAAGUAGCGCGUUGCGCUUAGGUACCUUGUUUACUUCCGCUGCUGCCGCUAUUCUUCUGCUGUUGCAAUGUGAACAUGCUCAACAAGAUGAGAACAUGUCCGGCUCUGUACCGGCCUUGCGUGGUGCUGGGCGCGGGUUUGGCGCAAAGGGAAGUGAAAAGCAUCUAGGUUGCAUUCGGCAUCAACCAUCUGUGGUUCCGGGCAUGACGGUUUUGAAAAUGUAG